GAUGCCUCAGUUGGCUGUUGAGUGUUGUCGUGGAAGGUUGUGUCGCUCCGGCCACCACCACCGAUACCACGUGGGGUGAAUCCCUCUCGAUGGAUAUGUAUCUGUGACUUCCAAGCUCUUGAAGGAUAUUUUAUGAACAGCAGAGAGAUUAUUGGCUACUCUUAAAAGGAUAUUCUAAGGAACGGGUACAAUAAAAAUGUGAUGUGUUUGAUAAAACUAAUUUAAUUGAAAAAGAGGACUUACGUGUAAAGGCGUUCUCAAUACAUUAUAAAAUUGAUGCCCCGGAACAGGAUCACUAAUUAUAUUUGAGGAGAAAAAUUAUGAUUGAGGAAUAACAGGGAACAAUUAUUGAUUCAGAUUCAAGUUCUGUUAGUCGUCUCAAGAAAACCUAAAACUGAACCCCAGGAGGGCAUUGAAAGCAGGGUCGGUAAUAUGGUGUUCGUUGUAAUUUAAGGACCAACCGACAGACAGAAGAAUAACAGUUACAUCAACAAUGGCGUUGAUGGUGGUGACGUGGUGUUGCGUGGUGGUGGCAGUGAUUGUGAUGAUCCUUACGCCAGCUGCUGCUUUCUCCAGCACACAAAGUUUACACUUAUGCGAAUACAAACGGGAGGCAUCGGUUGUGAUCCAAGUCCCAACUGUGAGAGCCUUCAGUGCCAAAGUGAGAAUCUAUAAACCCGGGUGUAACUUCGACGUUCCAGCUUGCAUCACCCACGAAAGAAGAACCCAGUACCGAACUGCUUACGAGGACCGCCUGGAGCUAAGAAACCUCACCUUAUUAGCUUGCUGCCCUGGAUGGGCAAGAGAGAACAAACUAACGGAAGGUGACGAAGACUUGCUCUCAUACGAUUACAACGCUGACGGAGGCGACCUAGAAGGCUGCAACCUCCGCCUGGAAAACGCAACGUCUGAUCAGGGAAAUGAGAUCACGUACGAGGGAGAAGUCUAUCAACUUAUCGGCGAAGUGGACGACGACGACGUCGCGUCUUACCUGGUCACGCCCUCUCCCGAGGAGGACAACAGCUCCCUGGAAAUCGCCUCUAACGGCCCUCCGAAGUCCAAGAAGAAGUUCAUUUUCGGACCGGAGAGGGAGAGCCUGAACCGGAGCGAGAAUGCGACGCUCCUUAACGACGAUUCCUUGAGGACCAUACUCGAACCUCUAGAAGAGGAUGGAGUCUCGACCACCCCUCCGACGGCGCCUGACGGCGACCCGGUUGCUACGAGGCCUAUCAGGCAUAAGCACCUGCACAAACACCACAGGUCUUCGUCUCUAUCAGAUGGGGAGGGCGAGGGGCAUCCAAGGCGACAUCUUAGGGCAGGGGAUCACCGGAGGCCUCGCCACUCCAGGAAGUAUCGUUUUCGAGCCCCCUCGAAUCGAGACAAGGGCAUCGUGGCCGAAACGACGUUCAAAUCGAGCCCUGGCCCUCACCACCGGCACAGACAUCGCAACGGCGUCAAUGGCACGAAAUACGACGCUUACAGCUACACGAUCAUUUUAACCAAAGGUCAGAGGGGCGGGAGAGGAAAAGACGAAGAUCCCGAGGGGCAGCACCGCCCUGAAGAGCGCCCAGAUGGCAUCCAGGAGCAGGUUUCAAGAGGCACGACUGUCGUGGAGGCAAACGGUGGUCGACCAAUUGCUGCUUGCGGGCGUCGGUUUUGCUUCAACGGAGGGCGGUGUGUCUUCAACCGAUGCAUUUGUCCCCGGGGCUUCUACGGGUCACGCUGCCAGUAUGACCGUGACGAAUGUACGCUGGACAACGGCGGAUGCGAACAGAACUGCAAGAACACCGUGGGAUCCUACAUGUGCUGUUGCCGACCAGGGUUCCGCCUGUUGCCGGACAAAAGAUCCUGCCAAGACGUGGAUGAAUGCAUCCACCAUAAUGGCGGCUGUGCUCACGAGUGCGUCAACACCCUCGGUUCUUACUACUGCCGCUGCCUGCGCCACCAUCGCCUCCUGCCAGACGGUAGGACUUGUCUCAACGUAGGUGAAUGCGGGGUGAGGAACGGAGACUGCGACCACUUCUGUCACGACGACUCUGGAAGGAUCGUCUGUUCCUGCCGAUCUGGGUACCGCUUGGCUCUCGACGGCAGGACCUGUGAAGUAGCGGAUCCCUGCUCCAUCAACAAUGGGGGAUGCAGCGACUUGUGCCAAGUGGACCAAGGACGGGUUCGCUGUUCCUGCAGGAUGGGCCUGGUCUUGUCCGACGACCAGGCGACCUGUGUGGAUGUUGACGAGUGCCAGAAACAGGACACUUGCAGCCACCGGUGUCGCAACACCUGGGGCUCCUACCAGUGCCUGUGCAACUCGGGAUACCAGCUUGGCACUGACCAUAAGUCAUGUUACAUGAUCGAUAUGGAGGUGAUCAAUUCGUGCCUGGAGAACAAUGGCGGCUGCGAACACAUGUGUCGACACGGCCCCGGAGGUGCCAUAUGCAGCUGUCAUGCCGGGUACUUGCUCCAGCCGGACCAAAGGUCGUGCAAGGACGAUGAUGAAUGCCGUGCCGGAACCCAUAGAUGUCAACAGGAAUGCGUCAAUACGCCAGGAGGCUACGCCUGCGCUUGCCGUCAGGGAUACACUCUCAGCACUGAUGGUUUCACCUGUAUUGAUGUUGACGAAUGUUCGAGCCAGAAUGGAGGGUGUGAACACGAAUGCAGGAACACGGCAGGAUCUUUCGUGUGCUCUUGUCGUAAGGGAUACGUCCUCGCGGAGGGCACGCGCUGUAACAUGAUAGAUUACGACUACUACGAGGAAGAUUACUCCUCCCAAAGUUCCAGAGGAGACCUCGACUUGAGCACGGCCUUGGAGGACGACUUCACCGUCCUGGAGGAUGUUGAGACCCUCCGCCCGCGAGCCGAUGACUGGGAAAACAUCACUUAUGCCGAGCAUGCGAAAGUAGUCACCAUUCAAACGCGAUGUGUACCGGGGCACUUUGGCCCUAACUGUACUUUGCAAUGCAGUGAUUGCCCGGGCCAGUGUGAGCCUGAUGAAGGUGGAUGCAUAUGUGACCCUGGUAAAACAGGUCCCACUUGUGGAAUGCCGUGUCCUUCAGGAUUCUAUGGGAUUGGCUGUAAUGAGGUCUGCGUAUGCGAAAACGGAGGCAAAUGCGAUCCAGUCAAUGGCAAAUGCACCUGUCCUCCAGGUGUCAACGGAGAGAGAUGUGAGGACGGCUGUCCAGCAGGCUAUUACGGUCCGAAGUGUGAACUUAGGUGCCCAAUGAUGUGCCCCUCGAUGCGAUGCAACAGACACUUCGGGUUCUGCGAAUGCAAUCCAGGGCGUUUUGGGCCUAAAUGCAACCUGCCCUGCCCUCCCCUCACCUGGGGCGCCAACUGCCGCCAUCAGUGCAAGUGUCGUUCUCAGACAACUGCAAAGUGCCACGCAGAGAAUGGCGUAUGCGAAUGCAAGCCAGGUUACGUUGGCAGUGACUGUUCUGAAGAGUGCCCUAAAGGUCGCUGGGGCGCCGGCUGUAUUCACGAGUGCCAGUGUGCAAGUGGGGUGACCUGUCAUCCAGGAACCGGCGCCUGCGUUCAAGACUGUCCGCCUGGAUUCACGGGAUCCGACUGCAACGUCUUAUGCCCUGCUGGUCACUACGGACCCGGCUGCAUGAAGGCGUGCAUGUGUGGCCUGAGACCUUGUGACCCCCAAACUGGUAUCUGCCUCUGCCCAGCUGGUACUCAGGGACCUAACUGCUUGGAAAAAUGCCAGGGUGGAAGAUGGGGAGAAAGUUGCCUGCAGGAAUGCAAAUGCAAAAAUGGUGCCACUUGUGACCCAGAGACUGGAGAAUGUCACUGCCAACCUGGAUUUGUUGGACCGACCUGCGAAUCGAAAUGCCCACCUGGCAGAUUCGGUGGCUCCUGUAGUGAAACGUGCCAUUGCCUUAACGGGGCAACGUGCCAUCCCAUCACAGGAAGAUGCGAAUGCCUAGCCGGAUUUACAGGAGCUCAGUGUGGCCAGCCAUGCCCACUGGGACGAUACGGACCAGACUGCGUCGAUAUGUGCCACUGUGACAAUAACGGCGGCUGUGAUCGGGUCACUGGGGAGUGCGCCUGCGCUCCCGGGUGGAGAGGGCCACAAUGUCAACUUCCUUGCAGGGAAGGCACAUACGGAUCCGGAUGUGCAAUGACCUGUGGAUGUGGAAAUAAUGCAACGUGUGACCACAUUUCUGGUGCCUGUACUUGCAAACCAGGUUGGCAUGGUACCUUUUGUACAAGGCCUUGCCCGGAUGGAUUCUGGGGACCCGAAUGUCGUCAUCAGUGCGCAUGCGGAAUAGGUGCUGCUUGUGACCCCACCACUGGUGCUUGCCUCUGUCCACCUGGCAAGCAUGGAGAACACUGUUCUCAAACAUGCCCUGUGGACAGGUGGGGAAGCAGCUGUCAGCAUGUCUGUCUGUGCCACAACGGAGGAACUUGCGAUCGAGUGUCGGGGACAUGCGUAUGUCCUGCAGGAUACACAGGCGCCACCUGCCAAGACAGAUGCCCCUCUGGUACUUACGGGCUUAACUGCCAGCACACUUGUUUGUGCCAACAUGGAGCGAGUUGUCAUCACGAAACAGGCGCCUGCGUCUGUCCGCCAGGAUUUCACGGGACUUACUGCGAAUCAGUCUGUGGUGGAGAUCGGUAUGGACCUGGAUGCAUUUUGAAAUGCGAGUGCCAAAAUGGCGGCGAAUGUGACCCUGUAAAUGGUGCUUGCAAAUGCACUCCUGGGUGGCGUGGAGCACAUUGCCACAAGCCUUGCCAUCAAGGAUUCUGGGGGUCGGACUGCGAGCAAGUCUGCGACUGUGAGCAUGGCAGUGACUGCCAUCAUGUGACCGGUGAAUGUAACUGUCCAGUAGGAUUUACUGGGGACAAGUGCCAAUACAUUUGCCCUGUUGGCUUCUGGGGAGAAGAAUGCAAUGAGCGAUGCACAUGCGGACCAGAUGAACCUUGUGAUCACGUGACGGGAGCUUGCAGUUGUCCCCCCGGCCGGCAGGGGACUCAGUGCCAACAGUACUGCGUCGACGGAUGGUGGGGCGAGGAGUGCAAGCAAGAGUGCCAAUGUACCGGGUCAUCUCUGUGUGACCCCGUGACAGGUGACUGCUUCUGUCCUGCUGGACUUCGCGGGCGGAAGUGCAGAAGAGGUUGUUCAAGGGGAUACUACGGUGUCGACUGUAAACAGAAAUGUAAAUGCGACAAUCGAGGUACAUGUGACCCUGUGAGUGGUCAGUGCCAAUGUCGACCAGGUCACUAUGGGCCAACGUGCUCGUUGCCAUGCCCAGAUGGAACUUAUGGAGUUAACUGUAAUCAGACGUGCGAAUGUGAGAACGGCGGAGUCUGUGCCAGAGACGGUACCUGCAGGUGCCCAGCUGGAUAUGUAGGUGAAAAUUGUGAAUCCCGGUGCCCACCCAACACUUGGGGAAUACGGUGUGCCUUCCAGUGUCGGUGUCAAAAUGGCGCCAUCUGUCACCCAGCAACUGGUGAAUGUCAAUGCGGCCUUGGAUGGACGGGCCUAAAAUGCGACGAAGAAUGUGGACCUGGUCGUUAUGGGCCCGAUUGCAAAUUGGACUGUGCCUGUCACCACAACGGCACCUGCGAUCGCUUCUCCGGAUGCUGUGAGUGUGGUCCUGGAAGAUACGGACGCUACUGCGAGUUAGAAUGUCCACUAGGAUUCCACGGCGCUUAUUGCACAAAUCUCUGCGACUGCGAAAAUGGUGCCACUUGUGAUCCAACUAAUGGCCAGUGCCGUUGCAAACCAGGAUUCACAGGGGACACCUGUUCUGAGACAUGCCCACCUGGAAAAUAUGGUGUGCACUGCCGUGAAGAGUGCCAGUGCGGGCAAUAUGCAUGUCACAGGGAAACUGGGCAGUGCCAGUGUCCUCCUGGAACACGAGGGGAUUAUUGUGCUAUGCCAUGUAAUCCCGGUAAAUAUGGCGUCGGUUGUGAGCAGGUAUGCCAGUGCCACAAUGGCGGGAGCUGUGACGUCAUCAGCGGGCACUGUAGUUGCACUCCUGGUUGGUUAGGACCAACUUGUCAAGAAAAGGACGAUUCCUUCGUGACUGCAAGCGACCAGCGAGGAAGGGCUGACAUUCCCGUGGAAUUAAGCUGAGGUGGAAGGUCUUCGACUGAACUGAACAUCUCCAGAAGAUGUCCUCCAGAAUCUCAUUAAGAGGUCCUUCUGCCUGUCUAGGACAUCCCAUUGGACACCCAGGGAAAUGUGUUUCCGAUUGCUGCAGCGAUAUGAAUGAUCUUGCUGGCACUGAGUGCCAUGGUAGUGUACCAAUUUCGGUGCCAGUUCAGAAACCCGGAUAGGAGAAUUAUCUGAAGGAAAGGCGAGAGGACUUUGUCGUUCUUCGUGGAUUAAAAAGUGGGAUUUGCUGACUGAUGAAUUUUUCAUAAUCUAUGGGAAAAACUCUCUGUGAGUCUAAUAAAAAAAGAUCUUACCUGUAAUCAUCGUGAUUAUAAAACGUAUACCGUGCUAGAAAUGUCACUUUCCAUUCUAACCUGUGUAGAAAGGAUGUAGUGACCUCAUCGUUUAGUUGCAUCAGUGUUAUGGAAUGAAGAGAAGAAUUCGGUCGAAGUCAGUCAGCUAAAAAUGUCGAAUGAUGCAUGGACGUCUUUAGGUUUGGGUGUUUCUGAAGGAAAUCGAAGUGUUUUUCAAUAGAACUGUAGAACCGGAGAGAAUUCUGUGUAGUCCCUUCUCAAAUUAUGUAAAAUAUAUUUAUAGCAUAGUAAUGAUAGUUAGGAGACUAAGUGAUUGCUUGUUAUGUCUCUUCGUGUUAAAAGAAUGAUAAUAAGUAUAUACGGUUGUUCUCAUUCUACAAGAGUUCAUUUCUUUGAAAAAAAAAAUAGCUGAAAAUUUAUCACUUCUGAACGAUUCGUUUUAAAUAUGAAAGUAGGCUUUUUUUUUACAUUGGAAAGAAUGACAGUUUAUAUAUUCUUCUGGGGAAAAUGUACAGUAGAAAUGUGAAAAAAAUUAGGAUGUGUAGUGUUUAUUUAGCGUAAACUAUCGGUAUAGUAUUUAUUAGUCUGUUGAAUGUGAUCAGACUCAUAAAUGUCCGUAAGAGGAAAAUGAAAGCGUAAUUUCCCACAUUUCCUUAAACUUCAACGUCAAGUUUCCUAAAUAUGUAUCAGGCACAAGAACGAAAAUAUGAAUGUGAAGUAACCAAUACUUGCCUAAUGCAUUACGCUAUUCUAAAUGAAUAUAUUAUAUUACUAUAAUAGGCUGUACUUAUUGAGUAGCGGUAAAUGUAAAAUGUCCGUGUGUGGGUGUCACAAAAGUGUUAUAAUACUGAUUACUGUAUGCUUAUGUCUUUAGAUUAUUCUCCUUGUGUAUAUAGUUUUAUUUUUUUAAGACAUGCCAACAUACUUCACAUUUUCCCAACGUUUAUCAAGUUUCACUACAUUUUUUUUCUUCUUUUUUCUCAACCCUCAACCCCGCCACCCUGUUCUCCUCUCGUUAGUAUAAUUUCUUGGUAUUUAACUUCAGUUAUAGGCGUAAUAAAUUUAUGAAAUACACAAAAUUUACAGAACUAUAGUCUGUUAUUUGAGAUCUGACUGGGGAGAUCUGCGCACAUUAUUAGCAUCAGUGACAUCGAUUGGAAAUAUUUGCUGUUAGAUCCAUGAGAACAGACUGUACAUGUAUCAGUUAAAGGGAAGGCCUGUCUACUAUAGAUUUGCCAACAUCUUAUGUCAUAAGUCUGUCAUUAAAUAUCGCCCAUUUGUCUUGUGAAGUAUGGAUGAGUAUGAACAUACGUGAAUAGAUCACUCAUCCAUGGUACUAUGGAGCGUACCAGUUGCAAUGAUAAAUUGUAGUGCGCAAAUUGUUCAAGAAUAGCUUAAGAUAAUCAUGUUAAAUUUUUUUAUGAUAUCGUCAGGAUAUUAAGGUCAUUUAUUCUUAUGGUGCUCUAAAUCUAAAGCCAUUCUUAGUAUGCGCUGAGACAGUAAGACUCAUUAUGUAAAUGAAAAUAUGUUUAUUUAUGUAGACUGUCAAUUAUUAAUACUGAACUUUUAGUAGUGUUGGUUCCUAGAAACUGAAGAGAUACUUCGAAAUUCCCCUUAUAUAUUGUAUACAAGGAUCACUGCCAUGUGUUCAUAGCUUUAAAGUGUCCGUUUCUUCCUACUUAAAUUUUAGUGGUGUUUUCCCCCUUGAGGUAUUGACAACUCAGUUUAAUAAUAUUUAAUUCCUAUUUUAUACAAAAUGUUAUUCUCUCUUAAUUUUUUGUCAUUAAUUUCUUUGCUAUAAAUUGGAUGUAACUAAAGAGCAAUUGUGAUGAACAUUAUUUAUAAGGUAGUUCUAUGGAUUUGAACUGUUUCCGAUCAUUUUUUUUGAGGUCUAAGAGUCUUAUACAGCAAAGAAUUAGUAACAAAAAGUCAAACUAUACUAAUAAAUGAAAUUGCUUUGAAUAUUCAGGGCAGUUCAUGCAAAGAUUUUUUUAUAUAUUUCUGUUCCGGAGAAUUUGAUUUCCAAAUCUUUUGCUGCGGUGAAUCUGAAAUGUAAACUGAGUAUAAACCUGUAGAUAGCGCACUGUACUUUAAAGGAAUAAAAAUAAUUCUUCUGUAGUGAGGAAUUGUGUUUAUCAAUUACAUCAGCCCUUGUGUCCUUCUGUGAGUAAUAAAGAAUAUUAACAGACUA